CCCUUAAGUGCAUAGUGUGCGGGCUGGCAGAGGCUCUGAGUCCCAGUUGCCACAGCUGACGGCUGCGAGGGACUGAGAGCCGAUUAUAGGUAUUCCUUUAGAAAUGAGUUGCACAAUUGAGAAGGCACUUGCUGAUGCGAAAGCUCUUGUUGAAAGAUUGAGAGAUCACGAUGAUGCAGCAGAAUCUCUGAUUGAACAAACCACAGCUCUCAACAAGCGGGUAGAAGCCAUGAAGCAGUAUCAGGAAGAAAUUCAAGAACUUAAUGAAGUCGCAAGACAUCGGCCACGGUCCACAUUGGUUAUGGGAAUCCAGCAAGAAAACAGACAAAUUAGAGAAUUGCAACAAGAGAACAAAGAACUGCGUACAUCCCUGGAAGAACAUCAGUCCGCCUUGGAACUUAUAAUGAGCAAAUAUCGAGAACAGAUGUUUAGAUUGCUAAUGGCGAGCAAAAAAGAUGAUCCGGGUAUAAUAAUGAAGUUAAAAGAGCAGCACUCCAAGGUUGACAUGGUACAUCGUAACAACUCCGAAGGAUUCUUCUCUGAUGCAUCGCGACACAUCCUUGGAGCACCUCAACAUGGACUGGAGAGGAGGCACUUGGAAGCAAAUCAUAAUGAAUGACAAGCACAUGUUGACCAGAUAACUGAAAUGGCAGCAGUAAUGAGGAAAGCCAUUGAAACUGACGAACAACAGGGUUGCAAGGAACAGGAACGAAUAUUUCAACUUGAGCAAGAAAACAAAGGCUUGAGAGAGAUCCUUCAAAUAACUCGAGAAUCAUUUUUGAACCUUAGGAAAGAUGAUGCAUCAGAAAGUACAUCUUUGUCAGCAUUAGUGACCAACAGUGACCUGAGUCUGAGGAAGAGCUGAAGAGCUUCCAAAUCUGUAAACUUACAUGGCUCCAGAUGGUCACUAGGACUGGCCUAUAAGUGAAUGAAU